AUGAAAGAGCCAAAUCCGGGAGAUGACGCAGGGUCGAAUGGUGAUAUUAAAAACGAAGAGACACAUGUCAAAAUGGACGAAGACGACUUAGAUGAUACACCUCUGGUUUGCAGGAAAAAACCCAACGAAGAGAAGGUCCAACAGAAACGGUUGAAAUUGAAAAAAUCCUUCAGCUGUGAAAUUUGUUACACAUCAUUCGACAGUAAAAGUAAAUUAACCAGCCAUAUGUUUAAGCAUAGUAAUUCUCGGCCACACAAAUGCACUGUAUGCUUCAAAGGAUUUAAGACCAGCGCUUACCUAGCCCGCCAUAUGGAGAUACAUGACGAGUCAUCUAAGUUGCACUCCUGUAAUUUGUGCGAAUUUAAGGCUCGCACAAAACCCUAUCUGAAGAUUCAUUAUAUCAGAAAGCAUACGGAGGAUUAUAACUUUAACUGUGAACAGUGUGGAAAGAUGUUCAAAGUACAGUCCGACUACACGACACACAUGAAGGACCAUGAUACUGAAUCUUGUUGUGUAUGUGACAUAUGCGGAACAUCUUAUCCUAGCAAAAGUUCAUUAUACUUUCAUAAGCAUUACAAGCACAAGACUAGAGUCAAAGAGUUUGAGUGUACGACAUGUCGAAAGCGUUUUAAGACUCAGAAGAAUUUGGAAAACCACUCAGAACUCCAUAAAAUGAAAUACGUAUGUGAGCAGUGUGGAAUGGAAUUUAAAUUUAAAUACGGCUUGACAAAACAUCUCAGAACUCAUUCCGGAGAAAAGUCGUAUUUGUGUGCCAUUUGCGGUAAAACGUUUGGCUGUUUGAGCUCGCAAAAGAUUCAUCUCCUCACUCACGUUGGAGAACGACCUUAUGUAUGUGACUUGUGUGGUCAGAGUUUUACGCAACGGUCCCCAAUGAUGCUGCACCGAAAAAAGCAUCCUGGAUCACAUCCACCUCCUCCACCUAUUAAAAUAACGAACUUGUUGCACGGAGUCCAAGAUAAGAUCAUUGUCAACAAGAGUACCAAAUAA